AUUUUUGGUCUCGGAUCUUCGAAUAAAUAAAUCACUUUGUGCAUUCGAUAUAGCAAAAAUAAUUGUAAAAAACAUAAUUUCGUAUAUUUUUGUAAAUUUCGGGAAAAUGAAAUCGUGCUUAUUAUUCAUUCGCUAGCCAACUAGCCAAUUUGCUUGGGACGCAUUCAGAAUUUUACAAAAAUUUGCAUAAAACAUCAAUAUUCUGUCGCUCACGAACAAGGCGAUUUUUUUCAUUUAUUUUUGUUUUAUUGUGAUAAUUAUAAAUUUUUUCGAAUAUCGGAUGGCGAAUAUAAAUUUAAAAAAAGAAUAUUUUCUGAAUUAAAUGCGUUCCAAACAGAAUAGGCUUGCAAUCUGAAUAGUUAGCAUAUAAAAUAUUUUCGAUUUUUUGGUGGCAUCCUAAAGUACACAAAUUGACAUUUAUUCACGAUGAACGGAAAUGUUGAUCCGCAGGGCGGAGGCAAUAGCAGUGGUGCAGCGUUACAAAAACCUGUUCAAGAUUAUAAGUUGAUUAUAGAUCCAUUUUUGGUGAAGGCGCCACAAAAAAUCUAUCGUUACAAUGGAAUUGUAAACGAUCCAGCCUAUCCACAAGUUAUAUUGAAAGAUCCUCGUAAUGCCAAAGCAAUUCGCUUACGAGUACGACUCGAUCCCAUCGAAUUGCCAGUACCACGAUUUAAAAUUGAUGAGCACUAUGUUGGAGAUCCUCCCGCCGUAGAAAUCACAAUCACCAAUAUGAACGACAAUGUUGAUGAGAAUUUUUUGCGAAAUCUUUUACAAAAAUGUGGUUCAACUGAAGAGCAAAUCAUUUAUCGACAUCCACGAACACAACGACGUUUGGGCAUCGCACGAAUAGUUUUCGUUGAUGUUAAAUCGGCUCGAGCUUGCAUUGAAAAAUAUAAUCAGCAAUCAGUUAUGGGAAAUGUUAUGAAUGUUUUUCAUGAUGCUUUCGGUGAACAAUGUAAACAAAUUUUGCAAGAGGCAUCCGGUGAAAAGAAACCACAAAAACCAAUAAUUCAAGCACAACCACCUGUAAAUGCACCAAUAAAUCAACAAAUGCCACCAAUGCCGACAAUUCCAUCUUUUAAACCAAAGGAUGAAUUGUUGGUACCACAUGUCAGCGAAUCGGAGCCGUAUUAUCAAGUAGACUAUAGUAAUCCAUACGGCCGAAGUGGGCAUAUUUCGAGUGAUCAUAAACAAGAAGAAAAUGAUUGGAAUGACAGUCGAGACAAAUACGAUGAAUAUGGCUACGAAACAGAAGAUCAUAGGCAUUAUCGUUAUGAGAAAAAAGAUGGUAGAAGAUGGGAAUCAAAACCGUCCAGAUAUUAUAAAGGUGAAAAAGAUCGAGAUCGGCGCACAGAUAGAAGAGAUUAUCGAAGCCAUCGAGAUGAACGAGAUAGUAGUCGACGACGUGAGUAUGAUUACGAUAGGAAAGACCGAGAUAGCCGUGAUCGACGGGAAAGAGAUCAUCGAAGUCGUGAUUCAAAAUAUCGUGACUACAAGAAAUCAGACAGAGACUAUCCACCAUCUGCAGAUAGUUCAUUUUCAUAUAGUAGCAGCACAUAUACAAUGAGUUCACAUCAUCAUAGUGGUCAUCAUUACUCAUCAUUUGAUAGUUCAUCUUCAUCAUUUCAUCAAUAUCCACCUCUCCCAGCUUAUCAGCCACCACCGCCGCCAAACGAUCCUUGGCCGAAGGUUCCGGCCGCAAAACCACCGCCAGAACCCGAUUGGGAUGAGGUUGAUGCACAAAAAGAUGUUGACAAAUCGUUAAAGGAUGUAGCCGAAACAAAAUCUGAUAUGAAAAACAGUGAACAAGAUGACGAAAACAAUAUUGAUUUAGAUACCAGAAUUGCAAUGAUGUUUAAGGAGAAAUCGUUUGGUGCAGCACCGCCAUUUCUGCAAUUGGAUGACAGUGAAUCAGAAACGGAAAAAGAAAAUGGACCAACCGAUGGCACAGAUAAUUCAUUAAUGGAAAAAAUUAAAACCGAAAUGAACACAGAAACAAGUGGUGAAAAUAAUUUGCAGGGAAUAAGUGAAACAAAUAGUAACGAAUCAAUUGGCCAGACAUCGAAUUCAGGUGAUCGGAUGAAAAUUAAAACCGAAAAAACCAAAUGCAUCGAAGAUGGUGCCAGUGAUAUUUCGAGUGAUGACGAAGUACUUGAAUCGUGUGCACUUCCCAAGCUAGGUGAUGGUGAUAUUAAGGUAGACGAUGAUAAAAUGUCAUUGUCCAGCCUAUCAUCGACAGACGAUAAAGUCAAUCGAAAACCAAAUGUGCCAGACGUUGCUUUGCAAAAAAAUACGGUUCCACAAAUAGCGGAUUAUUAUUAUCCACCCAAUACAAAUCCUUAUUAUUAUCCAAACAGUGAAAAUACGGCAUACGAUCCAUACAAUAAUCAAUAUGUGUCAUCUCAGGGAUAUAUGCAGCCAUAUAUGCAAGGUUUUCCAACGUUGAUUCCAGGCGGUGGUUAUGUGCAAUCCGAAUAUCCAAUGAAAAAGUACGAACCAGUUCCUUUAGUGCCCCCUGAACCAACGAAAAAGGAUCCAUCGGAACAAAUAGUUGCUGCAGUCAUCGAACGUGUAAAAAACGAAUUGAAACAAAUUUUGAAAAGGGACAUUAACAAACGAAUGAUCGAAAGUAUUGCAUAUAAACAAUAUGACGCCUGGUGGGAUGAACAAGCGCAAACCAAAAAUAAACCACCUACAAUUGCCAUUGCACAAGUCAGUACAGAAAAGAAGGCCACCGUUCCGGUCAUCAACCAAGUAUUGACCAAUAAUAAGCGUGAAGAUUUCAAUGGUUUUACGUUGGGCUUCCGAACGCAAAUAUUGAAAUUGCCACGUUUUCAGCGUAUACGGAAAGCACCAAGUCCAGUACCACAAGAUGAAGAUUCAAAGAAGGACCUUAGUGAUCAAGAAGAAAUUAUUCAUCGCUCUGAUUCAGAUGAUGAAGUGGAGAUUCCCAAAUCUAAAUCGACAUUUAAUGAAAAGCUCAAAGAGAAUGAAUCAAAAAUGCGAAAACGAAAGGCUGGUAGCGUGUCCAGUUUCUUCACGUCAUCCAGUGAGGAAGAAAGCAGUAGCGCCGAAUCAGAUAGCGAUUUGGAUACAUCUUCAUUAAGUGAUAUUGAUGAAUUACCAACAAUUGCACCGAAAGAUAAAAAUGUUGUAAAGAAAAUUUAUUCGGAUUCAGAUAGCGAGGAUGAAAUAAAAGUGGUUCCAAAUAAAAGUGGAAUGGGUGGAAAAUCAAAAUCCAGAUUGUAUUCGGAUACGGUGAGUGAGGAAGACGAUAUAAGCAUGGAUGAACAGGCCGAUGAGAAAGAACUCGACAUUUCUCAAGACAGAGUUAAAACACCAGAACCAGUGAUUGAUGUAGAUGAUGAUGUUAAAGUACCAAAAACACCGGGACGACGAGAUUCAACACCAACCGAACAAAAGAAGUCGAACUCAAUUGAUUAUGACCGACUGUAUAGUGAUUCUGAAGAUGAACGGGAAUAUCAAGAGAAACGACGAAGAAAUACCGAGUACAUGGAGCAAAUCGAACGUGAAUUUAUGGAGGAACAGCUCAAACGACAACGAAGCAAUACAAGUGAAACAACCGAAGAGGAAGAUAUUUUACCAGAGAAAGCACCAAGUCCCGGCGAUCCAGUUACGCCAUCAAUUUCCAAACUACCACCCACACCUGACAUUAAAUUUACCUCAGAUCCAUUUAAGAAGCAAUCGGAAGCAUCAAAUGAAGGUGUGUACAUUUCUAAGAAAGCUCAGGCUGCGAAGAAAGCUAAAAUGCAGGAAAACAGACAAGAGGAAAUUAACGGUUUGGCUCGAAGUAUGUCGAUUUCAGAAACUACCGAAGAUGAAAUGCAAAAGGGAAAACUUUCUCCCGAAUCAUGUUCAAGUCAAGAAAGUCAAACAAGUCAUGCAAGCCAAGUUCAAUUGGAGCAUUGUUAUUCGUUACCACCAUCAGCAUCGCCAUCAUUGUCUUCGCCUUCAUCACAAAUUAUUAUUGAAACACCGAAAUCGAUUGUUGCAGCAGCAAUAUCACAGCCCGUUUCAAGUGCAUUUGUCCAUGAUCAUGGUUAUAUGACAUCAACGAGUACAACCAUAUCAACGUCAACAAAAGCGACAACAUCCACUACCACAAAAUCAACCAAAGGACCUGGACGACCCCGUAAAGAUCCCAACCAAGCAAAGAAGCCGAAGAAAACAAAAAUGCAAACCGUUAUCGAUGAAGAAAAAGCAAUACUACCGAAACAAACAGGAAAAGAUAUGGCCCAAUUUAUUUCCCGAGAAAUAUACAAAGACAGAAGUACACGUGAACAAGUUAUGCUUUUGUAUGAGUUUCUCACGAAAGGAAUCGAUACUGAAGACAUUACCUAUAUGCGUCGAAGUUACGAAUUUCUGUUGCAAGAUGAUACAAACAAUUCUUGGUUGAAUGCAACCCAUUUUAUGGAACACUGUGAGACUGAUCGUAGUUUAAUUCCACCACCCAAUAAAAAACGAAAGAAAGAUGAUGAUUUGCGACGUCAUGCUAGUGGAUGCGCUCGAACUGAAGGUUAUUAUAAAGUUGAUCUUCGUGAUAAAAUGCGAUUUAAGUACCAUCAUUCAAAAUCAAUCAAUGAAUCGGGCAUGGACGAUGAAGUGAAAUCAAAGAUGAUUUCAAAGGUGCAGGGUUCACGUGAAGCACGAUCAAAUCAACGACGUUUGUUAACAGCGUUUGGUGCAAGUACUGAAAGUGAAUUGUUAAAAUUCAACCAACUGAAAUUCCGUAAAAAACAAUUGAAAUUUGCAAAAUCAUCAAUUCAUGAUUGGGGUCUAUUUGCUAUGGAACCGAUCGCUGCCGAUGAAAUGGUUAUUGAGUAUGUUGGACAAAUGAUUCGGCCCGUUGUGGCUGAUUUACGUGAAACAAAAUAUGAAGCAAUUGGCAUCGGAAGCUCAUAUCUAUUCAGAAUUGAUUUGGAAACGAUUAUUGAUGCUACGAAGUGCGGUAAUUUGGCACGGUUCAUUAAUCACAGCUGUAAUCCAAAUUGCUAUGCGAAGGUGAUCACCAUUGAAUCAGAGAAGAAAAUUGUAAUUUACUCGAAACAGCCUAUUGGAGUGAAUGAAGAGAUUACAUACGACUACAAAUUUCCUUUGGAAGACUCAAAGAUUCCUUGUUUGUGUGGUGCACCUGGUUGCCGUGGCACACUCAACUAAACAAAUUUCGAACCACCUUUAAUUCCACUCACUUCAAAUGCGUCAUAAUCUUUAUUUGUUUCUUUCAUUUUCAUUUGGAUUGAAGUAAAAACAACCAUCAAUCGGAAUUCAUUUAUAGGAGAUUUUCAUUUAAAAAUUGAUGAAAACAAAAAAACCAUACACACAAUAUUAUGUAAAAAGCCUAAUUCAUGUGAAAGUGUUAUGAGUAAACAAAUUCUUUUCUUAUUUAAGUUUUUAAUUCGUCUCAUUAGAUUUAGAAUAUUUCAAAAAAAUAAUCAAUUCAAUUGUAAUCCGUAUUUUUUCUCAUUUUUCAUCCUUGAGAUUUAAUAUUAAACCGUAUUAAA